UGUCUCUUAGCCUGGGGAACCUAAAGAACCUGUCUCUGUGCCAACUUGGGGUCAGAAGAUGGAACUUGGAUCACCACGGCAACCAGAUCAACUGGUGUACCAGCUGGUGAGACCUUGGGGCCAAGGUUCUACUGCUGGCAGAGAGAAGGCAGAGGUUGGCAUGGGACAGUGUUUGAGAUACCAGAUGCAUUGGGAGGACCUGGAGGAGUACCAGGCCCUGACCUUCCUGACCAGAAAUGAAAUUCUGUGCAUCCACGACACCUUCUUGAAGCUCUGCCCUGCAGGCAAGUACUACAAAGAGGCCACACUGACCAUGGACCAGGUCAGCUCCCUGCCGGCCCUGAGGGUCAACCCUUUCAGAGACCGCAUCUGCAAAGUGUUCUCACAUGACGAUGUGUUCUCCUUUGAGGAUGUGCUGAGCAUGGCCUCUGUGUUCAGUGAGCAGGCCUGCCCCAGCCUGAAGAUUGAGUACGCUUUUCGUAUCUACGGUGCUGAUUGGCUUAGCCAAAUCAAUGAUCUGCUGCCCUGGGCUGGAAAACCAAACUUGCUCCCCUACAUCCAAAAAAGAAACAGAGUCGUGAACAAACAUGGCCCGAGAAGUUGGCUGCUUGGGUGGGGGACACUUCUCAGCAAUGGUAAAGUAAUACCCUGGGCAGAUGUCCUGAAAGAUGUCUGCUCUGCUGUCUUUCCAAGGUUUCCAGAACCAACCAAACAAAAUCCACAAACCCCUCAGGGGCUUUAAGAGCAGGAGGGCAUCUCCAGGUUUCCAGCCCGGGGGCUGAACCAUGGUCAGCUCUGAAUCAGGGAGAGCAGCAUGACCGGGUCAGGUCAAGGAUCAGACACCACAUUGCCCUCCUGUGUCCGUGGAACCCAAACAGGAAAACAAAAAGCUCAACACCUCCAUGCAAAUCGGCUUGCAAAUAGAUGCCAGCGGACUCAUAGACGCCAGGCUGCAUCAGAGGCACCCAGACAAAUCUCUUUGGAUUCAGAAGAUUUGUGGCUUCACAAGCUGUCAGCGAGAUUAGAAAUGGAACUCGUGAAUCCCUGUACCUCAUGCCUGGCACAUGGGGACUGCUCAGUAAGUCCAGGUGGUCGUGCUCUACAGUGAAGGAAGAAGAAAAUGAAUAAAAAGAAGGAAGAGAUGGCAAAGUCAGGAAGUACAGGAUGAUCAUAGUCAGGGUCACGGUGACGAUUCGCAGCAAAAGUCCAAGACUAACUCAAUACUCUCACUCCUGGUAACUCCGGGUGUAGCCUGUGGUCUGGCGGCAUGGGCACUAGCACAAAACCUGUUAGAAAUGCAGAUCCUUGGGCCCUUCCCACACCCACUGAAUCAGAAUCUGCAUUUUUAGCAAGAUCCCAUGAGAUUCUUUUGCACUUGAAAAUCUUAAGAAGCACUGCUUUAGCUCAGUGAUUCUCAAACUUGGCUGCACAUUAGAAUCACCUGGGAGUUAAACAGAACAGAACAAAACAAUAAAAACAGGUGCUUGGGCCCCAGCUCCAGAGACUUGAUGUAAUGGUGUUUGAGUACUUCCUGGUGUUUCUAAUAUGCAGCAGAGUUUGAGAGUUAUUGCUCAGUCUGCUACAACAUCAAUGUUACAUUCAGUCACUCUUCACACUGCUCGUGUUUAAAAAAAAAAAAAGCCUGAAAUCAGGCAUUCCAGAGUUGGGGCGAUGACUCCAGGUGGCAAUCAAGGACCCAGGCUCCUUGAACCUUCCUAAUCUUUCAAAAAUAUGGGACCACAGUCCUCAUGAUCACAGAAUGGCUUCUCUGCCAUUUUAUCUUCAUUCUAGGCAGGAAGAAAAGGGGACGAGAGAAGGGAUAAGAACAAAAUGUGCGUUCAAAUACAUGGGUGAAUCCAUUUUCCUUUCACAAGCUAAGAACCCCACCCAGAAACUUCGGUUUAUAUUUCAUUGGCCAGAACAAUGUCACAUGGCCAUCCAUAGCAGCAAGGAAAACCGGAAAGUGACAUAUUUUAAGCUGAACAUGGUAUCAUCUGAAUAACAUUUCUGUUAGUAAGAAGACAAAGAGGGGGGGCAAUCGGUCAAGAGUUCACCAAGAAAUUGCAUCUCCCUGGAUCUUACCUCCUGGCCUCCAGUUUCUGCUUUGAGGAACAUUCUAGCCUCCAGUUGAUAAUCCCCCAUCUCUCCACACUGCGGGGAGAUUUUACACAUUUCAGAGACCAAUACCCCAACCACAACCUUCUGCUCCAAUCAGCAUAGUCCCCACCAGUUGUGGAUUCCCCUUGGGCAAAGCACUGGUGGCAGAUCUUUCCACAUCUUUCUAAACCUGACCCAGCCACAGAAUGCUGGUGAUUGGGAGAGACAAGGGAGGAAAGCCCAGUUCUCCUGGGAAUAGCAGUGAAUGCAUGUCCCCCUCAGCCAAUGGACCAAUUUUGAUAACAAUACCUUGUCAAUUGCAAAGAGCAAGAAUGACAGAGACAUUGAGACGAUGAUGGCAAGAGUCUUUUGGAGGGAACUGACGGCUGAGCCCUGACUCCACCAGUUUCCUAAGCAUCCUGCUGUUGGUGUUUCCCAAGAGAAAGUCUCUACCUCCUCCUGAGGGGUCCAACGCUGCAGCUCCUAAGGCUGCUGGGGUGGCAUGGGCUGGGACCUGGCCAGUGGCCCAGAGCUUCCCGCCUCUAGCCCUUUCCCAGGCUGUUCUGCCCUUGCACCCCCAAAGGAGAGGAACUGUCCAGGACUACAUUUGUUCCAGCAAAUUAUUCUGUUUCCAGAUGGCUUGGGACCAAAGCCAUGUCAUUUGCUGCAGUCCUCUGCCUAUGGGAGCUGGGCCAGCAGGAUGCCUGGGGACACUGCGGGGUCUCAAGAAAAGAAUUCGGAGUUUCUUGCCAGUGGUGCAGUGUCACUGCGGCUGUGGCUGCUUCCAGGCCCCUCUACCCUUUUCACCUGCUCUGAGCCAUUUCCUGUGGUGGACGAUGCAGAACUGUGAGCAGAGAAUCUCCACGAUCCACUCGGGCCUCAGUCUCCAAUUCUUGGGGCUGAUAAACAUCCAACCAGGGAAAAGGCACUGCUUAAGGAGCCAGGAAUCAGUUGUGCCCUCCACAUCUACAUUCUGCCUUCGGAAACAGAGAUGGUGACUCUGCCAUUGAAAGACUCUGUGGUACCAGCAAACGCUGGACAUCAAGUUCUCUAAUAGCCCAGUAUAUGCCUAUCUAGCUCCUGUUCUUCAAGGUGGGACAUUACACAGUCCCUAAGGUUUGUGUUUUUAGUGCUGAAUAAUCAUCCAGUGAUGUCGAAUUGAGUCCUUACAGUACAAGCAUUGUCUUCUGUGUUGAGCACCUUCUGUGUUCCAGACCCCGUGCCAGGUGGAUGUGACUCCUUAUUUAAUCUUUGCAGCAACUUGGGAGGUACUACUGUUAUUCCCUUUUUCAGAUGGGGAAACUGAGGCUCUGGUAAUGAAUUAGGAUUAGAUUUGGUGGUCAAUGACAGGAAGCCCUAUGCAGAUCUAGUUUAAAUAGGAUAGCUUCUAAAACCACUGGGAGCAGAUGAGGGGUGAGUUCACAGGUAAAGCACUUGCCUAACAUACACAAGGCUCUGAGUUCUGAGAUGAAGAUCUCCAUAGCACGUGGUUGACUCAGGACUUGGGGGUCAACCUAGCUGAGUUUGAAUCCCACCUUUCCACUUUAUGGCAGUGUGAACAAACCAUAUGACACCUCCAUGCCUCAGUUUCCAUUUGUAUAAAAUAAGACUAAUAAAAGGUUGAUUGUGAAGAUUCAGUGACUUAAAAUAGGUCAAGUUCUUGGUACAGGCUUGAGUGUGUAUUAUGCACUCAAUCAAUGACUAUUAUUUUUGCCACGUUACUUAGCACUUAAUUGUCUAUAGCCUGCCCAUCUGGUCAUGCCUUGCCCUGUGGGCCUGCCCAGGUCCCCCCGUCUGAGGUAGUUGGGCCCUGCUCAGCUUCCCAGAGGCUGAUGGGAUUCUGUGUCUUGGGCUCUGGGACUCAAGGCCCACAACUCCCAUCACCACCUACCUCCU